AUGGUUUUUGGGCUCAUAUCGCUGGCGGCCACGGUGCCAAUGGUCGCAACUUCUGUCCUGAGCCUUCAAAGUCAAGCCGAGAAUACGAAAAGCCACGGCAUUGAUGCGGAAUGGAAGACCGACAAAAGCCAUAUGAAAUGCCGUCCUUCGGCGAGGACGCCAGAGGAUCGUAAAGAACUGUUUAAGGACAGCAUAGUCGUGCUUCGCGAGGGGAAAUUGUACGUGCAGCUACCUUCCUACCAUGGAGAAGCUUUACACCCCUUCUCCGGUUAUUAUCUACCGUAUCCGGAUUCGAACUUCGAAGGUCUCGUCUCAACGAUCUCAGAUGAGCCACCACAGCUGAACUGGAUACACCUGGACACCAGCUCAAAGAUUUAUCAAAUCAGAUACGGCCUACGAGCAGCAGCAGAGCAAGGUCUGACUGGCCCUUGGGGUGCGCGGGUCUGUUGUGAUGGGGAGAUACGCUUCCUCAUGGAGAACUGGGAGGGCUCUAUCGCUGUCGAAACCGAGGAACCAGGCUUGUGCAGUUCGUGCUUUGAUCGUUAUGAUGACGGGCUGAAGGGAAAGCUGGCUCGGGACCAAAGAACCGUAGAAGUGGAGCUCAUUCGUAUCGCCAUUGAGAAGUGA